AUGUCUUUUCCUGCUCGCGUACCACGGGGUGCCGGGCGCCAACCCAAUCGCCGUCCCAGGCAACCUAGCACCUGGGUCGAGGGUGACAUAGCCUUUCUCAUGCCAUACACCGCGAGGAAGAGCGAAUACGACGCUCUCCCCGUGCAAGUACCCGAGAAGGCUACCUGUCACCCGGUAAUCAUUCUCAAAGUGUGCAGCACCGGCUCACACUACGUGGUGACGACCGUCUCGGCAUACGGCGUCGAUCCGAACGGAGGGCCCGCGCCCUGGACCCAGCACGCGCACCGGUACAAGUCGGCUCACGAUUUCCGCUCCUUUACCGGGACGGAAUCAUACGUCGACGCCAGCGGUCGCCGGAAAACUCGGGCGCUCCUCAACCUGGGGCCCGGCAUGCAGAUGCCGAAACCAAAGACGAGCUGGGUGUAUGCCCGAACGGCGUUUUUGGUGCCGGCCGCGGUGCUGGGCGUGUUCAACAAGUCGCCGACGCAGCUGCGCAUGACGACGGCCAGCCUGGACGACCUGCGCGCGCACAUGGCGCAGUGCUCGUCGGGCACGAGUGGAUAUCGGAGCUCGGUCGACGUGAGCAGCGGCCGUAUCAACUGUGCGUGCUGCGGGGCUGGAGCAUCGCGCCCGGCCCAGCAGUCGCGUGCUGUUCCUGCGCUGGGUCUCGUCGGCUCCGUCCUGGCCGUUGGUGCUGCUGUUGCUGCUGGCAGCCCGAGUCCCGCGUCUGCGCCCGGUCCCGUCCGCCCCUUGGCGCCGGCCAACGCUCCCACCGGCCCAAGAUCUUCCUGCCCCCCGCCUGCUGCGGUGCCCGUCGCGCCCGCUCCGACACCAGCGGCUCAGGCACCGAGAACGUGGGCUGCGAUCGCCGCGCGUGCAUGA